AGGUGGAGUCCGGGUGGCGGCGGCGGCGGCCGUUGCCAGGAGCCCGCGUUGCCGCCAGAGACCCGUAAUAUGGCCGGGAGGAGGAGGAGAAGGCGGCGGAGGACCGAGCUGCGUUCUGUCAGUACCAGUUGAGCCUUUUGCUCCCUGACAAGGCCCGUAGCGCGGGAAGAAAAGCCGACGGGGCCGUGGGGGAUCAGGUGUGUGCAUGCGGAGGAACUGGACUGUCCCCGGAUCGCGGCUGAGCGACUCCCCGGCAAGACGGAAUUGGCGCCCUGAGGAGCUGAGGGCGGGCUCGGCGCUGGGCUUGUGGGCCUCGGGCCCCUGGAAAGACGCCUGUGAGCAAGACUGAGGAAGUACCUGUGCUUAUGGAGCUUACAUUUUGGUGGAGGAAGACAUACAAAAAUCAAGGAAAUAAGCAAGAUCAUUUCAGAUAGUGUGUGAUUGUGGGAAGAUGGAGGAAUAUGAGAAGUUCUGUGAAAAAAGUCUUGCCAGAAUCCAAGAAACAUCUCUAUCCACGGAGAGCUUUCUACCUGCCCCAUCAGAAAGUAUUUCAUUUAUUCGCUUCCAUGGAGUGGCUGUGCUUUCUCCACUGCUUAACAUUGAAAAAAGAAAGGAAAUGCAAGAAGAAAAGCAGAAAGCACUGGAUGUAGAAGCUAGAAAGCACGUUAACAGGAAAAAAUCUUUAUUGACUCGUGUCCAGGAGAUUCUUGAAAAUGUUCAGGUUAGAAAAGCACCACAUGCCAGUGAUUUUGAUCAGUGGGAGAUUGAAACAAUUUACUCUAAUUCAGAAGUCAGAAACUUGACUGUUCCUGCUACGUUUCCAAAUGGCUUGCCAAGCCCUACUGAACAGUCUCCUUUGGCAAAGCUUGAAAAGAUGCCUGGAGUUUUGCCAUUGGAUAAUGAGGACCAAUGUAAACAUAAUGGGAUAGACAUAGCUAGAGAUCCAGAAGGAUUUAACUCUCCGAAGCAAUGUGACAGUUCAAAUACUAGUCACACAGAAAAUGAAGCUUCUCCAAAGAUGACCUCAGCAACCCCAUCAGAGACUUCUGUUUCUGAUGGUCUCCUUUCAACGAAUGAACAGCAGGAUCGAUCACUUUUAGCAGAAGUUACCCCAGAUCCCUACAUACUAAGUCUUCAGAACCUGAUGAAAAAGUCAAAGGAAUAUAUAGAAAGAGAACAGUCUAGACGCAGUCUGAGAAAUAGUGUAAAGAGGAGUGUUAAUGAGAGUCAUUCAGACAAAGAAAAUGAUGCUGUUAACGGAACUGACUGUGUAAAGGAGAAGGCCCAGUUCAUAGGCAAACACUGUGGCUCAGUUAUUGCUGACAAACCAAGCCUUAAUAAAUCAAACGUUCUUCUUCAAGGUGCUUCUACUCAAGCAAGCAGCAUGAACAUGUCUGUUUUAGGCAGCUUUUCUAAAGUGGACAUACCUGUACGAACUGGCCAUGCCACUGUUCUUGAUUCUGAUUUUAAAGUUAUUCCUACUUUUGUUACUGAAAAUAAUGUUAUCAAAAGUCUUACAGGUUCAUAUGCCAAAAUACCUAGUCCGGAGCCAAGUAUGAGUCCUCAAAUGCAGAGAAGGCGUUCCAGGCCAUCAUCAGCAUGUCAUAUACUUAUAAAUAACCCAAUAAAUGCCUGUGAAUUAAGCCCCAAAGGAAGGGAACAGGCAGUGGAUUUAGUCAUUCAACAUACUGAUGAAAACCCAAAUGUACCCGAAACUGUGCCAAAGUUACCAAUUGACUUAGCAGAAGCUUGCUCAAGCAAGGGUUACAUAAAUAAAAAUACAUCCGAAGCCACGGAGGAUGUGGUUUUAGGUAAAUCCAAUCAGGUAUGUCAGUCAUCAGGAAAUCAGCUAGAGGGUACAAUUACCCAUGGACUUGCUACUGUGGAAGGUCAGUUAACAUCUGAUGAGAAAGAAUCACACAAAGUGAACAGUACUUGUCCUGCCAUGCCGAGGUUGCGUGAACCGUAUGCUACCGAUCAGCGUAUAGCCAGUCAAAACUCUGGGACCAUGAGCGGACUCAAGUCAGCCAACAUGUUAGAGAAAAACUUCUACAAUUUACAAAUGGAACUGAAUAAAUCUUAUGAUGUGAAAAACCCAUCUCCUUUACUGAUGCAAAACCAGAACGCCAGACAGCAGAUGGACACACCUAUGGUGUCCCGUGGAAAUGAACAAUUUUUGGAUAAUAGUCUUGAGAAAGUUAAACGGAGACUUGAUUUAGAUUCCGAUGGUUUGCAAAAGGAAAACUGCCCUUACGUCAUAACUGAGCAGGAAAGGCAACAUUUGCCAGAGAAAAGGUACCCUAUGGGAUCUGUCUACAUCAACAAGAAUAAAGUGCUGGAAACCAGCUCCAAAGAAGGUGAAGAGAUUCUAAAAAGCAAGAUGUUAGCUUUCGAAGAAAUGCGGAAGAGACUGGAAGAACAGCAUGCCCAGCAGUUGUCACUACUCAUAGCUGAGCAGGAAAGGGAACAGCAAAGAUUGCAAAAGGAAAUUGAAGAACAGGAAAAAGUGUUAAAAGAGAAGAAGGCGAUUACAGCGGAAGCCUCUGAAUUGGACAUUAGCAAUGCAGUAGAGUUAGAAUGGAGAAAAAUAGGUGACUCUGGUUUGCUGGAAACGAUGCUGUCUCAAGUGGAUUCACUCCAUACUUCAAAUUCAAAUAGUUCUGGUUUCACAAACUCUGCCCUACAAUACAGCUUUGGUUCCGCAAACGAAGCACCAUUCUACCUCUGGGGAUCAUCGGCUAGUGGCUUGACCAAACUCUCAGUAACAAGGCCUUUUGGAAGGGCCAAAACUAGGUGGUCUCAGGUUUUUAGUCCAGAAGUACAAGCAAAAUUUAAUAAAAUAACUGCAGUGGCAAAGGGAUUUCUGACGCGUAGGCUUAUGCAGACAGAUAAGCUGAAGCAGCUGCGCCAAACAGUGAAAGAUACUAUGGAAUUCAUAAGAAGUUUCCAGUCGGAAGCACCAUUGAAGAGAGGCGUCGUGUCAGCGCAGGAUGCUUCCCUUCAGGAAAGAGGAGGUAAAUGCACAGCCCAGCUGAGAGCUGCCUUGUAUGGUAUUCAUGACAUAUUCUUUGUGAUGGAUGCAGCUGAAAGAAUGUCUAUUCUACGUCAUGACCGGGAAGCUCGCAAAGAGAAAAUGCUCAGACAAAUGGAUAAAAUGAAAAGUCCACGAGUGGCUCUUUCAGCUGCAACACAGAAGUCUCUUGAUAGGAAGAAGUACAUGAAAGCUGCUGAAAUGGGAAUGCCAAAUAAGAAAUUUCUGGUUAAACAAAAUCCUUCUGAAACAAGAAUCCUUCAGCCAAACCAAGGACAGAAUGCACCUGUUCAUAGGCUACUUAGUAGACAAGGAACCCCUAAGACAUCAGUGAAGGGGGUUGUGCAAAAUAGACAGAAGUCUUCACAGAGCAGAGUGCCUAACAGAGCGCCUGUUUCAGGAGUAUAUGCAGGAAAAAUCCAAAGAAAGCGGCCAAAUGUUGCGACAAUUUAAGAAGACAACAUUCCUUAGGAUAAAAUAGGGGAGAGGAUUAUUACCCACAUUAUGCUCCCUGACUUUAUUUAGCCUUGGGCUCUGUUUACACAGGCAAAGUGAUGUCAAAGGGCUGAGCAAUUAUCUGGAUAAUUCGGUCAAUCUGACUAAUUCCUGUCCCGCACUCCACUUUUUAUUAUUAUUAGGUUUGGGUGAAGACAAUAAGUAUAUAGAAAUUGCCUCAUUUCUGUGCUUAACCUGUACAAACAUCAGUUUGUUUUAUGUGCCCAGAUAUCUACACAGGCCCUUUUGGUAACUUAAAAGAUAAUUUGGAUUUAUUUUUACAAAAUACUGAAAACAUGACAAAUGAUAAAUAAGUUCUAAAACAUGAACUUCAUUUAUUUCUGCAAACUGCUGAAUUCGAUAAACAAAUUGGAUACUAUUCAAGGGGAAAUUAUUGCUGAAGGCUGUUUUUCUUUGUUUUGUAACUUUAAAACCUCAGAUUAGUUUCUCAAUGUUCAUGUUCUUUGACGAACACUAUCAGCUCAUAGUAUAAAACACCUUUCUGCUGAUUGUCCACCUAAAACCUACCACAGAAGUAGCUGCAGGUCACCACUUCAGUCAAAAGUGAACAUCCCUGUCAACAGCUAGGUGUCUUAUGGAGAUGUUGAGUUUCAUGUAUGUAACACCAGUACUGUCAGGAACAUUUGUAUAUGAUUAUAAGAUCUUUGUGGAAGGUGACAGAUUUGGGAAAGACAGCACAAUCUUCUUGAAUGUAGCACUUAGAAUUAUAUUCCUACAUCCAUUUCUGUAAAAUAGGAAUAACAUGUUGCAUGCAGUUACAUUUCAUUUCUCCAUAGUCUUGUUUUUGCUAGCAUGCUUAAUUUAGGAGAGAAUAAAGGGCUAUAUAAUGUAAAAAAAAAAUCCAUAUCUCAAAUAGGAUAGUAAUAUUGCCUAGUUGAAAUUGUACAUUUAUAACACCAAUGUUGAAGGUAUUUUUAUUGCUAACAUAACUCACUAAAAGGAACAACCAGGGCUGGCCCCCCAACACGGCAGGUUAAGCACUGUGCAGAGGAAGCCAUUUCCCACAUGGCCACCUGGGUUCAGAUUAGUUUUUCAGUGUUCACAUCGGCGGCAACACAUUUCUCAGUGUUCACAUGAGCGGCAACACAUCUGCCCAUGUGCGCCCAGGAUCCUGUCAGGAAGCACUGGAGGGAAAAGAAUUACAGCAUGACCAAGCCCCAUUGGGUAGUGUUCUUUCUCUCUCUUGUGCGUGCACAUGUACCCUCAGUCAUGAAAAAGAACAAAUAGGUAAACACCAACAAAUGCUACAAAGAGAAAUGUCCUUAUUGAUUUAGCGUACCAUUUUUUAAAAGGGCUUUGUGCUUCUCACAUAAAAUUGGGACUGUGAUAUUUAAUCUUUCUAACUUGAAUUUUUAAAUACUGGUAUUUUGAAAAUGCAGCCUACAUAUAUUCUUAAUAUCCUUUUAAGAAUAUGGAGCUAAAGAUGGUUUUCUCUUUCAUCCAGCUCUAAACAGAGAAUAAUAAUCUACUCUGGGUAUAAACUGGAUUUUUUUUUUUUCUGAGAUUUAUCACUUACUGAAUGAGUGAACCAGAAAAUUAGAAGACAGUCAGAAAAUUCCAAGUUAUCAAGUUUUUAGUUAUAAGCAAAGUAUGUCAUGUUAUUUUCUUUUAAAUAUGAUAACCUGUGCUUUAUCACUCUGAAAACUCAGGAUAUAGCUUAUUCAUUGUGAGACUCUCCAGUAAGAAAGAUAGAUGCUAAAAGUUUUGUGGCUACUAAUGCAAAUUAGCUAAAACACAGUAUGUUUUGGAAAAAGUUAAAAUUUUAGAUUCGAGAAACUUGAGUGUGUUUUUAAUUUAAAUGUAAAAGUGUGUCUGUCUUACACUUUUUUUAUUAUUAUUAUUCACAGCUUUUUCUCAAGAAAGUGCCAGACACUGUUUUGUGCUUUUGGUGGACUUUUAUUUAUAUAUAUUAUUUUUAUCAUUAUUUUUACUUUGAGUGGAAUGUCC